AGUUAUUUACACGCGCGCGUUUGAUUCUACUGAAUACUAAUUAAUUAUUGACUUCUAUUGAAAAAGUUUGUGUAAAUCGUAACCUUUAAGAAUUAAAUAAUAAAUUUUAACGGAAAAAUGACAGAAAAACAGCGCGUGCUUCUUUGCGGGGACGUCGAAGGGCGUUUCAAGUUACUUUUCAACAAAGUGGACGCCAUCAACAAGAAAAGCGGACCAUUCGACUUUCUUUUUUGCGUUGGAAACUUUUUCGGCAAAAACAAUGCUGACCUGGAGCCAUUCAAAGCCGGGACCAAGACGAUAUCUGUUCCCACGUACAUUAUGGGCCCAAACGACGACGAGGGUCUCGUACAUUACACGGAUCCCACUGGUGGGGAAAUAUGCACGAACCUCACGUACCUGGGCAAACAUGGAUUGUACACAGCUAGUUCUGGACUAAAAAUUGCUUAUCUCAGUGGAGUCGAAAAAGGCAAGGACGUUGCCAAAGAGUGCUCGUUCGAUCACAAAGACGUCACGGCUUUGAGGAACUCGUGCCUCAAAGGUUGUCCUAGUUUUCGUGGAGUUGAUGUUUUGUUGACAUCGCAGUGGCCAGAAGGUAUCUCAAAUUUGGACGAGCAAAAGCCGGAUUUUGAAUACCAAGGUUCGAGGUUGAUAUCGUGGCUAGCAACGCACAUCAAGCCCAGGUAUCACGUUAGUGGAUUAGAGAAUGUUCAUUAUGAAAGGUCGCCUUACAGAAAUCAACAUGAGAGUCAAGAUGGUAUAAACAUUGCUACUAGAUUUAUAGCACUUGCAAAAGUAGCUAAUCCUGAGAAGAAGAAGUGGCUCUAUGCCUUAAAUUUGACGCCACUGGAUAAGACAAAAAUUACUGAACUGAUGAUGAAGACAACCGACGAAACACCUAGUCCAUAUCCACAGUCAAUGUUACAGAAUAAUCCAAAUAAGAAAACAGAAGAGCAAAAUCAGUAUUUUUAUGAUAUGGAAUCGAAAAAUGACAAGAAGAAAAUCAAAAGAGCCAAAAUGGAAUUUGAUCAAAGCAAAUGUUGGUUCUGCCUUUCAAGUCAAGAUUGUGCUAAGCAUCUCGUCAUUUCUGCUGGGAAAGAUAUUUAUUUGGCAUUAGCGAAAGGUGGAAUUGUUGAUGACCACUUUUUGAUUUUGCCUGUGACACAUUACCAAAGUAUAUCAAUCUUACCAGAUAACGUAAAAGAAGAGUUGAGGUUGUACAAGGAAGCAAUUAAACUGUAUUGCGCACUUAAUGACAGAGUACCAGUUUUUUUUGAGAGGAAUUUCAAGACUUCUCAUUGCCAACUACAAGCAGUUCCCAUUCACAAAAACCAGGCUCCAGCUUUAAAAGAAACGUUUCAGGAAAUUGCUGGAGUGUAUCACAUAACGAUGAAAGAAUUGAAUGAAGAUCUCAAAGAAGUGGCACCUCCUGGGGCACCAUAUUUUUUGGUAGAGUUCCCAAACGGAGAACAACUAUUUUACAAAAUAAAAAAAGAUUUUCCCUUACAAUUUGGCAGGGAAGUUCUUUGUUCCGAUAGAAUAUUGGAUGUUCCUGAUAGAUUUGAUUGGAAAGACUGUCAACUUAGUAGAGAAAAGGAGUACAUGUUGGCCGAAAAUAUCAAAGCUAAAUUUCGACCGUUUGAUGUAAAGCUGUAA